AUGCAUCUGUGGCAGGCCACCAUUCCAUUUUGCCUAUUGGCGGCGGCUGCCCUGCCUGGCGCCGCCGCCACAGCUUGGGGCUUUGCUGAUGCCACCGUGGCCGUUCAACCAAAAGGUGCUGGUGUCAAUGGAGGUUUCAAGGAACAACUUGUUGCAUCCAAGGCGCUCUCCAAGCCCAUCUCCCUUUUCGGUGCCGAUACCCUACGCGUCACCUUGACAGCUCAAGAAGAUAGCUCUCCAAAGCGGCCAGACCAGGCUUUCCUUUUGCUUAAGGAUGCCCAGACUGGAUUGGAUAUCUCUUAUCUUUUCAAUGUCAAGGAUAAUGGCAAGUCAAGAGUCGAAUUGAGCCAGAAAGACCUGCCGAUUCAAUUCCUUUCCCUGUCCGGUCCAGUUGAUGCCCGUAUUGUCAUUGGUGGGUUUGGAAGCUCCGAUGCCUACGACAGCUCUGUGUUCAAGUUGUCGAUUGACCGCAACCCCGAAGAGGCCGUGCCGACCGUUAAAACUGAGCGAUAUGGCAAGAAGCCCGAGAUCCACCAUAUCUUUAAGGAUUCUGCGUCUAGCCCGCCAAUUGUCAUCACCUUGGCAUUUGUCGCUAUGGUCGGCGCUGCUAUUCCCGCUCUUGCUGGCUUGUGGCUCUUCCUCGGCGCCAACAUCAACCAUCUACCCUCCGCAUUCAAGUCUGCCCCUCUCUCGCACGCCGUCUUCCUCGGAUCGUUGACCGCAUUUGAGGGGAUCUUCUUCCUCUACUAUACCUCGUGGAACUUGUUCCAGAUCCUCCCCGCAAUGGCUGUCGUCGGUGCGAUCGCAUUUGUCAGUGGUAGCCGUGCGCUGGGCGAAGUACAAGGUCGGCGCCUUGCUGGUCUCCGGUAA